UUAUGAUUUUUGCACAGAAUCAAAAUUAUUAACCCGUUUGUUCCACCGACCCGCCAACCGUUCCGGUUUAUCUAUCGGUUCAGCCCGCGAAACCGUUCUCGAAUUUUCGCUCUCUUUUUCUCUUCAUUCCAGAGUUUGCUUCGGAAUCGAGAACCAGAAGCACGAUGUCGGUGAAUCUGACGGCGAACGCGAUUCCGACGAUUAUCGGCGGCGACGUGAACGCGAAGCCGCUAGUCCAGGUUCUCGACGUUGCCUUAGUCUCCGGCGGCAACAACUCUCAGCAGCAGCAGAGGUACCGUGUUGUGCUCUCUGACGCCGUUUCGUCUCACCAAGCCAUGCUCGCCGCUCAGCUCAAUGACCAUGUCCGAAACGGCCGAGUGAAGAAGGGUUCCGUCGUUCAGCUUAUCGAUUAUAUAUGCUCUACUCUCCAGAAUCGCAAGAUUAUUGUGGUGCUUAACAUGGAAACUAUAAUUCUGGAUUGCGAGAUCAUUGGGAACCCGAAGUCAUUUAUGAAUUCUGAUUUACCAAUUUUGAGAAAUGCUGCGGAGAAUUUGCCCAGGAGUAGUGGUAAUAAUUUGGCUGCUAAGAAUGCAAGUCAUAAUGUGCAGAAUUUCAGACCAACGGUUCAACCGGCAUACCAACCACCUCCUGUUUACAAAGGUCGUGGUGCGAUUGUGAAAAAUGAGGCACCGGCACGCGUCAUUCCUAUUGCUGCUUUAAAUCCUUAUCAAGGUAGGUGGGCUAUCAAGGCAAGGGUAACAGCUAAAGGGGAUCUGCGCCGCUAUAAUAAUGCUCGUGGAGAUGGGAAAGUCUUCUCGUUUGAUCUUCUUGAUUCUGAUGGAGGUGAAAUACGAGUAACAUGCUUUAAUUCUGUAGUUGAUCGCUUCUAUGAUUCAAUUGAGGCUGGUAAAGUUUACUUGAUAUCCAGAGGUAGCUUGAAACCUGCACAGAAGAAUUUCAACCAUUUGAAGAAUGAAUGGGAAAUUUUUUUGGAUUCAAAUUCAACUGUUGAGCUUUGCCCAGAUGAGGAUGGUUCUAUACCUAGACAGCAGUUCUCCUUCAGGCCGAUAAGUGACAUUGAAAAUACUGACAGUAACUCCAUCCUUGAUGUUAUCGGGGUAGUGACUUCUGUGAAUCCUUCAGUUCCCAUCUUGAGGAAGAAUGGAAUGGAAACUCAGAGAAGAGUUUUGAAUCUAAAAGAUAGUUCAGGCAGGAGUGUUGAGUUAACACUUUGGGGUGAAUUCUGCAAUAGGGAAGGACAAAGGCUUCAAGAGAUGGUAGAUGCUGGGGUUUUCCCCAUUUUGGCAGUCAAAGCUGGGAAGGUUAGUGACUUCAGUGGCAAGUCUAUUGGUUCUAUUUCUACUACACAGCUUUUCAUUAAUCCAGAUUUCCCUGAGGCUCAUAGCUUAAGAGAUUGGUUUGAUCAAGUUGGAAAAGAUUCUGCUUCUUUAUCAAUUUCUAAGGACUUCAUUCCUGGAGGACCAAAGAAUGAGAUACGCAAAACUGUGUCUCAGAUCAAAGAUGAAGGUCUGGGACGGUCAGACAAGCCAGACUGGAUAACAGUCAGGGCGACCAUAUCAUUCAUGAAGACUGAUACAUUUUGUUACACAGCUUGCCCUCUGAUGAUUGGAGAUCGACAGUGCAGUAAGAAAGUAACUAGGUCAGGGAACAUGAGUUGGCAAUGUGAUAGAUGCAACCAAGAGUUUGAGGAGUGUGACUACCGGUACCUUCUCCAAGCUCAAAUCCUGGAUCACACAGGAUUAACUUGGGUAACUGCUUUCCAGGAAGCAGGGGAAGAGAUUAUGGGGUGCUCCGCAAAGGAGUUGUACUUCUUGAAAAAUGAAGAGCAGGAUGACGACAGGUUUGGAGAAAUAAUCAAGAGUAAACUCUUCAACCAUUUUGUAUUCAAGCUGAAAAUAAAAGAGGAAUUAUAUGGUGACGAACAGAAGGUGAAGAUUACAGUGGUCAAGGCAGAUCAGGUGAAUUAUUCUUCAGAGAGUAGAUACAUGCUUGAUUUGAUUUCCAAAUUUUGUAGGCAGUGAUUGUAAUGUGGUUCAAGUGUAAUUUCAUGCAACGAUCAUGCCUAUUAGUAUUAGUUUACAAGCUUUGCAUAGAAACAGUCAUUAGCUUUUCCAUUUCUUUUUUGGUGUAGUAUUCUUUCAUAUCACACAGGAGGAUCUAUAACACUUUUAAGCGAGCGUUUACAUAGGAUAUUUCGUUCCUCCCAGUGGUAACUAAUAUUUCUGUAUGAUCACACACUAUUCUCAAUUUAUCUACUAUUAUUCUGCUUA